AUAAGCCGUCGCGGCGUGCGACGUCAUCAUUCUGCGCAGUGCUGAGGUGGCGUUUGAUUGGAGGCUCUUCGUUGAUAUCCAUCAUGACUAAACUCCUGCAGUGGCUGCUCGGGGUCUCGUUACUGGGCGCUGUGUGGGCUCUGGUCGCCUUCGACCUGCUGGAACUGCGCCUUCCUCGGACCUACAGGGAGGUGGCCUGGCCCAUCCCGGUCUACCUGCUGGUUUCGUUCGGCUGCUACUCCCUGGCUGCGGUGGGCUACCGGGUGGCCACCUUUAACGACUGCGACGAGGCGGCCAGGGAGCUGCAGGAGCAGAUCAAGGAAGCCAAAGAGGACCUGAGGAGAAAGGGGUUAAAGAUGUAGGACAAUUAUAAGGAACUCUUUUGAGACUGAAUGGAGAGACAACUUGCAAAGUUUAUCAAAUCUGUUGCUUUUUGGAUGAUCAUGGAGCCUCGUUGUGGUCAGCAGGUGCGACCAGAACAUUAAUUUGAAUGAGAUAUCAAGUGUUUCUGGUCAAUAUCACGUUUUACCUGCUUGACAGUUAGAUUGUGUUGACUGUGUGAGACAUAGACUGAAGUUAAAGCUGCAAGCCAGACUUAUUUUGUAAAAUGAGUUCACUUUCAAUAUAGUUUUUCCAACGAAACAAGAGCAUGUCCUGGUCACUUUUCAUAGCUACUUUGUUUUAAAUCUGUACAUAAUUACUAUAAAGUAUAUUCUCCUGAGACCCUGUCCACAUUCUUCUGAUGACAUCACAUAAGGCACAGGUGCCAAACUCCAGUCCUCAAGAGACACUGUCCUGCAGUUUUUAGAUGUGCCACAGGUACAAAACACUGGAAUGAAACCUCCUCCUUGUGUAGAUAAUUUCUCCAGAGCCUUGCUAAUCACCUAAUUAUUCUAUUGAGAUGUGGUGCUGCAGAGGCACAUCUAAAGUUGCAGGACACCGGCCCUUGAGGACUGGAGUUUGACACCCCUGACAUAAGGCAUAAAGAAACCAAUUACGGUUCUUUUGAAUAGGUCUGUUUGCAAUUUUUAGAGUUGCACUGAUUAGGGUUUUCCUGGCCGAUACUGAUUUCCUAUUAAAACGUUCAUUUGUUAGUUUUUUUAAGAACUAAUACAUAAAAAAGAACAUCCUGAUCCGGUUUUAAAGGCAAACAAACUUAGUGGUAUCUCCAUGUCAAAGUAUGGGACUUUUUUAAAAACUCAAAAUAACUUUUAAAGCACAUGCAGCUGGGUAGUGAGAAACUGCUCAGCCAGUAGCAUACUACUAGUUUUGACAGAUUUAAUGAAUAGGGACCAAUAAUUUUGUGUUUCUAUUGCAAUGUUGUGUGUAUUAUUGUGCUUUUCCUCAAUAUUUUUGGUUAGAUUGUGUUGCUCACAUGCUAAAUACAUAAUCUAACAUUUGCAGUAUGUUAUUGAAAACCUGAUCAAUGGAAACCAAGGGUUACAAAUAAACACAGGAUCUUUUAGGAA